AAUCUCAAUUUUCUGCAAAAUAAUAACAUCAAUGAAUUCACGCCAUCAUUGGGCAUAUUCAACCGGUGCACCAGAAUAUACCAAUUAAACCGAUUGCAAACAGAGUGCGCGCCGUUUGUCUCCGGUUUAGAUCAGGAAAACAAUUCAUUUCCCAACGCAUGGAAAGCGUCGCUAAUAUUUUAUACGAUCGGCGUUUGUGUUAUGAGUCUCACGAUUAUCGCCAGCCUUUUAGGCUGGGGCACCGAUCGAGUUGAACGUGUUUGCGGUGUGAAAGCCGACCCUUUCCUACUCGGAGACUGCACUAUAGGUUGGGGCUUGUAUUUGGCAGUGGGCAGUACAGUGGCCACGUUCAUUUGCGCCAUUCUGUCCAUUCAGGCUGAGAUCUCCACCUCGUCCGACAAAGUCCAGGAUGAGAUACUUGACGGCAAAAAUUUGAUUUGUUUGCUCUAACAUUAGUGGCAAAUAUCAAUUAAAAUCUACACAGAAUUAUAUA